AUGAGCUUCUUGUACUAUCGCGGUGCACACAGAAUAAUUGUGGUUUAUGAUGUAACCGACCAAGAGAGCUUCAACAAUGUCAAGCAAUGGUUGAGUGAAAUAGACCGAUAUGCAAGUGAUAAUGUGAACAAACUUCUUGUUGGAAAUAAGUGUGAUCUCACAGCACAGAAGGUAGUUUCCACAGAGACAGCUCAGGCUUUUGCUGAUGAAAUUGGCAUACCUUUCAUGGAAACAAGUGCAAAAAGUGCCACUAAUGUAGAACAGGCUUUCAUGGCUAUGGCUGCUUCAAUCAAGAACAGAAUGGCAAGCCAACCGGCAAGAGCGGUUGCUGUUCAUCUUGAAAGGACGAAGCUCUGUUGCCUUGAUGAUGAUUCUGAUGUGGAGUUGUGGUGAAGCUGACACGCAACA